GAUGUUCUACCUCCCAAGAACUAUGAGAUUUCUGCUGCUGGUUCUUCCUGUCCUUGCUCUUCUACCCCAAGUGAUUCCAGACUAUGGUGCUGAGAAAAGAUGCUUGAAAAUUUUGGGGCACUGCAGGAGACACUGCAAAGACAGAGAAAUGGCCCAGGAAUCGUGCAAAUAUUACCGAGUUUGCUGCGUUCCAGUCUUCAACAGCCCCAAGCAAAGGAAUGCCAUCACUUGGACCACAGAGGAAACCUCUACAACAGAGUACGAUCUGUCCUCAGAUCUCAUAGGUGUACUUAGCACAAAUAGUUGAAGGAGUG